AUGACGGACGAAGACCCCCACGCGACGGAGGAGACGGCGGCGCUGCAGGCCUUCUUCCUGCAAUGCUGCGAGCCCCCGCGGUGCCUCACGUCGGCCGGCCUCCUCCCCGCCCGCUCCGCGUGGGCCGUCGAGGUCGAUUGCCUCCGCCUCCUCGCCGCCCGCCCCGCCCUCGCCGCCCGCCUCUUCACCGACACCGCCGCCCUCGCCGACACCCUCCGACGCGUCGCCGCCAGCGUCUGCCAAGGCCUCAGCCCCGCAGAUCUCUCCAUCCGCCUUACACACCUCCCUACAGUGGGCGCCCCACCGCCAUCCAUGCCACCACCACAAGGGGUACUCAUAAGCGUCUGUGGAUCCAUCGUGCGAAUGAAUGCAAAGCGAGUGGUACCGUUUGUGCAUAGACUAAAGUGUCCAAAGUGUCGUGAGACUAUUGAAGUACCAUCAAGUCCAUUUGAUCGAGCGGCAAAACCAAAAGGGCAGUGUGAACGUAAAGAGUGCAGAGGUGAAGAGUUACAGCCCGUUGGGCAGGUUUGGAUGGACUACGCGGAAUGUCGAUUACAGCAACGCUCAAGUCUUUCAGGUCGACUCCCUCGAACAUUACUUGUUACACUUGAAGAUGAACUCACAACAAAAUGCACAGUAGGACAGUUGGUUGAAGUGAUAGGCAUUUUAUUCCCAAAAUGGAGAGCUACACAACCCAAUAGUCGACCUAUUAUUGAACCCACAGUAUGGGCUUUAAACAUUAACGCAAUGGAGUCAUACCGUGAGGGUGGAACAUCUAGUGCUUCCGCUGCACCACGUCGUAAGACUACAGGAUCAGUAGAAGGAACUAAUUUUAGUCCAGAAUCUUUUUUUGCAUCCUUUGGUGAAGAUCGAUUACGCAGAGGUACUGCACUGGUAACCUCAGUAUGUCCACAAUUAUCAGGACUUUUUGCACCUCGUAUGGCUGUACUUCUUGCCACUAUAGGGGGAACAUCUAUGACUGGUAAAACACGCAUGCAUAUAAGAUCAACUAUUCAUUGCCUUUUUGUAGGUGAUCCUUCUACUGGAAAGUCUCAAUUACUUCGAUUUGCUGCUUUACUUGCUCCACGAAGCACUUCCACUACUGGUAUUGGAAGUACUUCAGCUGGAUUAACAGUGGCAGCAGCAAAAGAAAAUGGAGAAUGGGUAUUGGAACCUGGAGCACUAGUGCUAAGUGAUGGAGGUAUUUGUGUUAUUGAUGAACUUCGAACAGUUUCCUCUUCUGAUCGAGCUUCUCUUCAUGAGGCAAUGGAACAACAAACUAUUUCUGUUGCCAAAGCAGGAAUGGUAACAAAGCUUCGUACCUCUUGCUCUGUUAUUUCUGCAUGCAAUCCUCCACCGAUGCGUCAUGGAGGAACAGAAAUUGGUGUCGGUGGACCAUUGCUUAGUCGAUUUGAUUUUAUAUUUUUACUUUGGGAUACACCUUCAGCAGAGGUGGAUAAUCGCAUAGCCACUCAUAUCCUUACUUGUUCUCAAGCAGGACAGCAACCACCAUCAGUACUUUCACAAGAUGAUAUAAGUCGUUAUCUACGAUGGAUGCGUUCUCAUUAUGCACAGAAUGAUGGUCCAUUACUAUCUGAUGAAGCAGCUGAGCUUCUUAAAACGUAUUAUGAACUUCAGCACCGACGAGGUGCGGCACCUUCCCUUGCAGAUUGUGUUCCAGUAACUAUACGUUUGCUUGAAUCUCUUGUUCGAAUUACCCAGGCUCAUGCUAAAUUACAUUUGGCUCAAGUCUGUACAGAAGAAGAUGCUGCAAUGGCAAUCUUUCUUAUGGAACAAAGUGCUUAUAGUCUAAAAUGUCCUUUGGAAGCAUUGGGACCGGAUGUGUAUACGAGUUCUAAAUGCUUAGAAGAAUAUUUUUUAGAUCUUACCCCAGGUGGUGCACAAAAACAACGAUGUGUUUUGCAUGCUAUCAUAGAUGUCUUUUCAAAUUGUGGAGACGAUGUCCAUCGCUCUUCAGAUGAUGCAGCAGCAGGAACAUGGUUAGAGAACUUGAAAGCCCCUUCUGAAGAAACUCCUUCACGACAGUCAAGUAAACGGGUGAGAGAAGAAUCAAUUGGAGAUAGUGAAGCUGUUUUACGCAGUGUACGACGUUUACAGGCAGAAGUUUCUAGUCCAUUUUCCACUGUUCAAACUGUUAUUCAGUAUACACCUGAUCUCCCAUCACAUAAUACAUCUGUGCCAACGUCACAAACAACUAGUACGAAAAGUUGUAGACGACGUGAUGCUGAUGAAAUUAUGAGAAGUCUUGCAUUUCGUUUUUGA